AUGUCAUUGGUUUGGAAUCAUGCCCCACACCGCUCCAUGGUCGUGUCUUUGAGAGCGGCGCAUUUCAGCAGCCGUUCGCUCCGAAAGCAAUGCUCGUAUAGCACAUCGUUUCGUCCAAUAUAUGCGAAAUCCUUGGAUUCGUCCACCGAUGCCUUCCUCAGUCCGUCGAGUCCGACCCAGCGAGAUGCAGUUAUACACGGGAGAGACGAUUGGGCGCACCCAUCAUCUUGCGAAUUUUGGUGCACCUCGCGGCUCAUCCAGUCUCGUUUGAACAAACAAUCAUUUCCUUUGGCCAAGGUUCUUGAACCGUGGGCUCCUGUUCACGAGCGCGGAGGGGGACUUGAUGAUGCCGACCAAAGUCCAACGAGAGUUUCGCAAUCUCGGCGGGCUCAUCACCGAAAUUCACAAAAGAAUGAUCUUACCAUUGACGGACCGGAAACGCCAAAGAAAAUGCUACCUCGCAUUCAGGGGCCAUCGGAUUACUUGAUUGACACCAUUCAGAAUCGGGCGCUCUCCUCCACCAACCCGGAUGAUAGUAAUUGGACGUUUUCUGGAAAAUCUCGAACGCCUCUGAGAGCCCCUUUGACAUGGCACCAACGACGCGCGCUACAGCGCACGCAAGAAACGUCCUUACAAAAGAUUACUGCGGAUUAUAUCGAUUUGGUUGAACCUGCAUUACGGGGACGGAACAACGCAACAUUUUCUGACCCUUCCCUCCCUGCAUUGGAACCCGAUUACAAUCUGCAAAGUAUGCUUUGUGGUAAUUACAUUGAUUACUUGGCGGCCCGACAAUAUAACUUCACUGAUGUGAUGGCAUGGGCUUGGGUGCUCACGAGUAACACUACUUACGAGGCUACUCUUCGUAUUUACUUUCUAGAAGCGGAUUGGGGAGACAAGGCAACCGCUUCUCGCCCAAGCGUUCCCACCUUUAUCCCACUCUUGCUCCUGCUACAGGAAAUCGACUUGAAGACAUUUCGCUUAUUACUAGUAUACUGUCUGCACAUUGUCGCCGGGCGACCAGUUCCCCAUCUCGAUCACUCUUUUCAUUCUAUAUCGAAUCAUGCGAUAUCUAAACAUCUACACAACCUUACCCACACAAAAUCUAUACCUUCGGUGGAUCAUAGCACAUGCGCAAAAUUUGUUGUCCGUUUGCUUUCUCACGCGCGACGGCUGUGGCCUGAAGCGCAGCUUCCCAUUGCCCAGGCAUUCGCAUUCCAUUUGCGCACUACUAAAUCCAAAGGGACUAGCUUCGUGACAAAGAAGCUCAAUAAAUUUAUACGGUUGCUUUCUUUGCCUUCCGGCCCUCGCCCAUUUGUUACGGCCUCCAUACAACAACAAGCACAGUUUGAGCUGUUAAAAGCCGUGGCAGACAAGUAUACCGUCUCACCUAUCACACGACGGGGCUAUCAAGGUUUAGCGUCUGUCCAGCUAGCUCAUAAAAAGACGGCCGCCGAACGCGAGUCGGCGGAACUGAAGACACCGUCAUGGCCACCGUGGAAAGAAGAAAGAUCAGGAAUUGACUCCGAUAAGGGCAUGGAAGGAAUGCGAAGCCGUGCCAUACGCGUGAUUUCCCAAAUGAGGGAAGCGGGCUACCCUUACUCUCUGUGGGAAGAGGUCUCGGGUAUAUUGGCUGGUUGGGAUACGGACAACAGUCCUACGAUACAGACCAGAACACUGGCACGGCCUCCAGAGCAUCUACGGGGGAAGUCUGGGAACCAAGGUCACCAUGCAAUCUGGGAGGCGCGAAUCCGCGCCACAAGGACAGUUCGGGAGGCUUGGGCAUGCUUUACGGCAUAUGAAAGCUGGGGUCAUACGCCCCAUGCCUCUGUUUACGUUGCAAUGGGUGAGAAACUCGUGUUCGAAACGAAGGCAGCAAGGGAGAAAAGUGAUCAGCCUAGGUUUUCAUUGCCUGGCGAUGGCCCGGAAGUUUUUCCAGAACCUGCCUCCGCACGGGACUGGAUCUAUACUCCCACCGAACCGCCUACCUUGAGUGCCUUUCUUAAAACAAUGCUUUCACAAGGUUUCCGCCCGUCUGGUAGAUUCCUGGCCUUACUUCUACAUAAUGCCCCCGCCUUCCACGUGGGGUUGGAUUGCCUCAAUUGCAGCGAUCUGACAAAUCAACAACUAAGGGUGUUGUUCAGCUUUGGCGACGAGAUUCCCGACAAUGAUGCUGAAGCGCAAAGGGCGCUAGAUGAACUGCCCGAAUAUAUUGUGUCAGCUUUCAUCCGGUUUUUGUGCAGGUUCUCUGUUGUCACCAGACAGUCUCCAAGAAUUGACGACAUCACCACAGCAGAUGCUUUCCCGAUAAUUACGAAUAAUUGGCCAACAUCCCCUUCAGAUAUUCCCACCCUCUUUGCGUACACCGACAAACAUCGCCAUCGACGGAAGGGUUGGUAUUCGAAACUCCUUUCCCAUGCAAUACGGCUGUUGCAGAAGCGAAAUUCGUCAAAUCCCCAGGGAUGGGUGCAGCUCUUAGCAGGCCUUCGCUCGACGCGCAUUCUUGGUGGUUCAUCUAAUAUCAACCGCCAUACCCAGAUGGUUCUUGCCUGGCAUGAAAUUUUGGUGACUUUGAACUGGCUGGAUGAGCGCAAUAUCGAGAUAGGACCUGAGGGGUUUCAGAUCCUGUGUACUGGUUUCUCGAAAGCAAUGGUUGCCGGAGUCAAAGACCAAAAGUCCACGGAGAAGGGCCUGAGAAUACUAGCCACAGCCGCGCAAGGAAACGUUUUGCAUCCUGAACUUGUUCCUCUAAGUUUCGAGGAUAUGGUCGAACACGGUCUGGAAACGUUGAAGAACCAGUUUGAUCGGCUUGUCCUCCUGGACCCAAAGACAUCUCCCAUAUUCGAGUCUUUCAGGUUAUCUCUGGAGGGACAAACCGAGUCACAGGUGUCUGUGCCUACUUUAGCCCACGCCCCCUCUCCGCCCGUCCUGCAUGCAUUUGUCAGGUCUCUGGGGUUAGCUGAAGACUCGGAAGGUCUAUUAAACCUUCUUCGGUGGAUGAGCCAGAAUUCACUGGCACUCAAGCAGAUGUCUGAUGAGUAUUCAAAUGGUAGUACAAUGAUGCGACGUACUAUAGUUGCAGUCCGCAUGUUUCUCGAGGGAUAUUGGGGAAGACGGCCGUUAGCGCCGGCGCAAUAUCAGUCUGGAUUUACGGACCAUGCCACCCCGAGUGAAUUCAACAGGCCUACAUUCUCGGAUCCAACCCUUCAAGAGGCAUAUGAUAUCAUCGCGACAACAGAGCUCUGGGGUCCUUGGCCAAGCGAUGAGGAGGUUUGGGAUUAUCUUGCUCAUAUGGACCAGUAA